AAUACGUUGGAAGCAGCCAAGUGACACGCAGAACGCACACUUCCAUUUUCUCUGCAAAACCCUGAAGCCGGCGAUGAUGUCGCUAGGUUCUCUGUCGUCAACCUUCACUCUAGCGCCACCGUUCACUCGCCACCACCGCCACCACUCCUCCGCCGGCAGCAGAACUUCCUCAUUCCCCACUCGCGCGAGAAUCGAAAACGUCAGAAUGGAACCCCGAGAGGUGCCAAACCCCAAGCCCAAGGAGGAGAAACUGUGGGGUGGAAGGUUCAAGGAAGGAGUAACCGACGUCGUUGAGCGCUUCACCGAGUCGAUCUCCUUCGAUAAGGAGCUUUACAAGCAGGACAUCACUGGAAGCAGAGCGCAUGCUUCAAUGCUCGCUCAUCAGGGAUUGAUUACGGUGACUGAUAGGGAUUCUAUUCUGCAAGGCUUGGAUGAGAUUGAGAGGCGGAUUGAAAACGGCGAGUUCAAUUGGAGGACUGAUAGGGAGGAUGUGCACAUGAACAUUGAAGCUGCGCUCACUGACAUGAUUGGCGAGCCUGCUAAGAAGCUUCACACCUCUCGGAGCCGGAAUGAUCAGGUUGUGACGGACUUGCGCCUCUACUGCCGUGAUGCCAUUGAUGAGAUUCUUGCAAGCAUGAAGCGACUUCAAGUGUCACUGAUGACCCUAGCUUUGGACAAUCAGGGCCUUAUUGUUCCUGGUUAUACUCAUCUGCAGCGCGCACAGCCUGUUCUGCUCCAGCAUCUUCUGCUAGCUUAUGUUGAGGAGAUUGAGCGUGAUGCUGGUCGUUUGAUAGAUUGUAGAGCUAGGAUGAAUUUCUGCCCCUUAGGGGCUUGUGCAUUGGCUGGUACAGGGCUACCCAUUGAUCGAUUCAUGACUUCAGAUGCCUUAGGAUUUACAGCUCCCAUGAGAAAUAGUAUAGAUGCAGUAUCAGACAGAGAUUUUAUACUGGAGUUUCUUUCUGCUAAUGCCAUCACUGCAGUGCACCUUUCUCGGCUUGGUGAAGAAUGGGUAUUGUGGGCUUCAGAAGAAUUUGGAUUUAUAACACCAAGUGACUCUGUUUCAACUGGAAGUAGUAUAAUGCCUCAGAAGAAGAAUCCGGAUCCAAUGGAACUUGUCCGUGGGAAGUCUGCCAGAGUCAUAGGAGACUUGGUUACUCUUCUCACACUGUGCAAAGGGCUUCCUCAAGCAUAUAAUCGUGAUUUGCAGGAAGACAAAGAACCGGUAUUUGAUAGCGUCAAAACCAUUUUGGGGAUGCUUGAGGUAUCAGCAGAAUUUGCACUGAACAUUACUUUCAAUCGUGGGAGAAUACAAAAGGCUUUACCUGCUGGUUAUCUUGAUGCAACCACACUUGCUGAUUAUCUUGUCAAGAAGGGAGUGCCAUUCAGAACGUCUCAUGAUAUUGCUGGAAAAUCUGUUGCUUUAUGUACAUUGAAAGACUGCCAACUGCUGGACUUGAGUCUCGAUGAGCUGAGAAGUAUAAGUCCAGUCUUUGAAAAUGAUGUGUAUGAGUUUCUUGGAGUAGAAAAUUCGAUCCAAAAAUUCAUUUCUUAUGGUUCCACCGGGUCAGCAUGUGUAGCCGAGCAAAUUGAUUACUGGAUAAAAAAACUUGAACUGCAGUGAAGAUUACCUAAUUGUCAUGAAACUCUCAGCAUGCUGGGGAAGCCAUUUCUUAAGCUUAGAAUAAUAGGCAUAGCCCUCUGCUUCCCAAAUAUCCUGCGGCAUGUUGUUCUAGAAUAACAAGGAUGAUAUCUUUAAAUACUUGCUAGUUAUAUGCCAAAUUAGUUAUGGUUGCUGAAUAGGUGGUUUCAGAAUCAAAGGUGACAUGCCUUAAAGUUUUGAGCUUGUUAGCUUGUUGCAUAUUGUAUGUCGGAUGAGAAUUUCAGCAUGCACCAUGCUGUAUGAAUUUAUAUCGCUUAUGAUGAAA